UUGCAUUAGCCUUCAGAUAGCUAUUUUCUCUUCUAUGAACUUUCGUUUUACUUAGAACUUAGAAGCCUCAACUCUCUCUCUCUCUCUCUCUCACACACACACACACACACAAAAUGGGUAGCAACGAAUCCCCAGUUGCAAACCCCCCUCCUUGCAAGGGGAAGGUGGUCACAAUUUUGAGCAUCGAUGGAGGCGGCGUGAGGGGCAUCAUCCCCGGAACUAUCCUCGAAUUUCUCGAAGCCAAGCUUCAAGAACUUGAUGGACCGGAUGCAAGGAUAGCAGACUAUUUCGACAUAAUUGCAGGAACAAGCACUGGUGGCCUUGUGACCACCAUGCUCACAGCUCCUAAUAAAGAUAAUCGACCACUUUUUUCUGCCAAAGAUAUCAUCCAGUUCUAUUUAGAGAACUGUCCCAAAAUUUUUCCUCAAAGGACUGGUCUCUUAGCUGGAGCACUUAAUUUGUUUGGCGCCGUAUCAGGGCCAAAAUAUGAUGGCAAAUUUCUGCACUCUAAAGUGAAAGAACUGCUUGGUGAUACAAAGCUUCAUCAAACUUUAACUAACAUUGUGAUUCCCGCUUUCGACAUCAAGCUUCUUCAACCUGUCAUAUUCUCAACCUUUGAGACGAAGACGGACCCCUCAAAGGAUGCUCUUCUAUCAGACAUUUGCAUCAGUACUUCUGCAGCUCCAACAUAUCUGCCUGCACACUACUUCGAAACUAAAGACUCCCAAGGGAAGACAAGGAGUUUUAAUCUGGUCGAUGGUGGUGUAGCUGCAAAUAACCCUAUGCUGAUCGCCACGAGCCAAAUUACAAAGCAGAUUUUCUGGAACAAUGAAGAUUUUUCUAAAUUCAAGCCAACAGAUUUUGCAAAAUUCCUUGUCGUCUCUCUCGGGACCGGGUCACCGAAGCAAGAACAAAAAUUUACUGCACCAGAAUCAGCUAAAUGGGGUCUACUUGGAUGGUUACAAAACAAGGGUUCCACACCUAUUAUUGACAUUUUUUCACAAUCAAGUGCAGACAUGGUGGAUAUUCAUGCAUCCAUUCUCUUUCAAGCAUUGCGGAGUGAGAAAAACUAUUUACGGAUACAGGAUGACACCUUGGAAGGAGACACGGCAUCCGUGGACGUCUCGACGAGUGAGAACUUGCGAAAGUUGGUGCAAGUUGGCCAGGAUCUCCUUAAGAAGCCGGUAUCGAGGGUCAAUCUAGAGACUGGCGUGUCUGAGGCCUGCGAUGUUGAAGGAACCAACGAAGAUGCCCUCAUCCGCUUUGCGAAGAUGCUCUCCAACGAAAGAAAGUCUAGGAAUGCAAAAAUGUCAGCUGCUUGAAAUGCCUCUGAAAGGAUCGAGCAGACAAGUAUGCAUGCCUGAUAAAUUUGAAUGUAUCUUUGUCAAUCUAGCUUUUCCUCAGUGGUUGUAUGAUUCAAUAAAGAUUCAUGUAUGAAAUUCAUAUAUGCAUGAAAAAUCCAUUUUAUCUAAUUUGAUAUUAAGAGACA